GCCUACACGUACGUGCUUAGUGCUCUCUGCCUCGGCGGUGUACUAGGAGAUUGUUGAAAGGUCAAAAAAGAACCGGCCAAGUGCUCGUGUGGUUUGUCCCCUCCCUUCGCGUUCUAGUGUUCCCCGCAUUCAGGAGAACGCUUCCUCGACACUGCGAAAGCAAGUGUAGUUUCGUGCGAAAGAAGUUCUAAACACUUUACCGUCAAAAUGAGAGAAAUCGUUCACAUUCAGGCCGGCCAGUGCGGAAACCAGAUUGGAGCUAAGUUCUGGGAAAUCAUCUCCGAUGAGCACGGUAUUGACGCGACCGGUGGAUACCAUGGCGAUUCAGAUCUGCAGCUGGAGCGCAUCAACGUAUACUACAAUGAGGCGUCCGGAGGCAAGUACGUGCCGCGUGCCGUGCUGGUCGAUCUGGAACCGGGCACCAUGGACUCAGUCCGCUCGGGACCUUUCGGACAGAUCUUCCGCCCGGACAACUUUGUCUUCGGACAGUCCGGUGCUGGUAACAACUGGGCCAAGGGCCACUACACCGAGGGCGCUGAGCUGGUCGACUCCGUCCUGGAUGUCGUCCGCAAGGAGGCCGAAUCGUGCGACUGCCUGCAGGGAUUCCAGCUGACGCACUCGCUCGGAGGCGGUACUGGUUCCGGUAUGGGCACGCUGCUGAUCUCGAAGAUCCGUGAAGAGUACCCGGACCGCAUCAUGAACACAUACUCCGUCGUCCCAUCGCCAAAGGUAUCAGAUACCGUCGUCGAGCCGUACAACGCCACCCUCUCCGUGCACCAGCUGGUCGAAAACACUGACGAGACGUACUGCAUCGAUAACGAAGCUCUCUAUGACAUCUGCUUCCGCACGCUGAAGCUGACGACACCGACGUACGGUGACCUGAACCAUCUCGUCUCGCUGACCAUGUCGGGCGUGACCACCUGCCUGCGAUUCCCGGGUCAGCUGAACGCUGAUCUGCGUAAGCUGGCCGUCAACAUGGUGCCGUUCCCGCGUCUGCACUUCUUCAUGCCCGGCUUCGCCCCGCUGACGUCCCGUGGCUCGCAACAGUACCGCGCACUGACCGUGCCGGAGCUGACACAACAGAUGUUCGACGCCAAGAACAUGAUGGCUGCCUGCGACCCGCGACAUGGACGUUAUCUGACAGUUGCCGCCGUCUUCCGCGGUCGUAUGUCCAUGAAGGAGGUCGACGAACAGAUGCUGAACAUCCAGAACAAGAACAGCAGCUACUUCGUCGAGUGGAUCCCGAACAACGUCAAGACCGCCGUCUGUGAUAUCCCGCCGCGAGGACUGAAGAUGUCGGCCACCUUCAUCGGUAACUCGACCGCCAUCCAGGAGCUGUUCAAGCGUAUCUCGGAGCAGUUCACUGCUAUGUUCCGUCGUAAGGCUUUCUUGCAUUGGUACACGGGCGAGGGCAUGGACGAGAUGGAGUUCACCGAGGCCGAGAGCAACAUGAACGAUCUCGUGUCGGAGUACCAGCAGUACCAGGAGGCCACUGCCGACGAAGACGCCGAGUUCGACGAAGAGCAGGAGGCUGAGGUCGAUGAGAACUAAGCUGGUUCUCGCUUUCGUCCUGUAAGCUUCUUCUCUCCUUUCAUCAACAAACAUUCGCAACCUUCCUAUCUUUCCCCCCUGUCGUCAUUAUUCUCCUCCCCCUCUCCCUUCCAUUCCUGGCGCCUGCAGCAAAGCCCAACAACAAGUGAGCAGCGUAUUUAGCUUUCGUCGGCAGCGGCAGGAGGAGCAGAACAGAAAAUUGCAUUUUCAAACGCGCACACACACCCUUCACGAACACGCAACAACACACAAGAGGUGGUCCCGUCGUUGUCGUAUGUGUACCCAAGCGUUCUUCGUUGUGUUGUAACGAUGGUAAUGCUCCUCGCUAUGUAUUCCUUCUUCGAGCUUUACUCACAUCAAGCUCUCACACACGCACACGUACAUACACACACACACACACACAUUAUACACCAACACGCGGCAGGUUCCCACAAGUACACACAUGAACAACACACAACAUCAGACACUGACGCCUUGUCGCGUAGUACUAGACGCGGGUACAGAGAAGGAUUUAAUAGGAGUUGAACACAGGAACCUUAGUCAGCGCAGGAUCGGCAAGUUUAAGGUCAGGGCUUGCAAUCCAUAACAACACCACCAUCUCAUCUUAAUGCAAACAACACCUUUUGCGCAUAUAGUGAGGGAGAUCAAGUGUGUGUCACGUUCCACAACUACAGCAUGCAACCGCGCGUGAAAGUCCAGAUUGAUUCAGAAGAGACGAAUGCAACAACAACCACUCACGUUAACGGAAAAGGAAUCGUGCGCGCGGGUGUGGAAAUGUGUGGAGAGAGCGCGCUAUAUUUGUAUUUAUUAAGAUCGGUUGCUUUCAUUAUCCCUGUUCGGUGGAGUGCACUCUUCCUUCCAGGAAAAAGCCCUAUGUUAUAGUCGAGGACGUUUAACCGAGCGGGAAUGACUGUUCCGAUUCGAUCAGUUCAGGGAGGGAGGAAGAUGGUGCAUCGUCCUUUCUUCCCCUGUUACUUUCGCACUGCCACCACACUCGUAACACCUUCCUUUGAAGCUCCAGUAUUCUCAUGCCAACAAGUGUGUGUGUGGUCGUCCUUCUGACGAGAUCCCCGUGUCACACGAACCUCUAGUACACGUGUGUUCUCUCGCGAAUAUUUAAACAAACAGCUAGAGAGAAAGAGGAGAGGGUAGGAGAGAGAAAGAACGCGCUAAACAUGUGUGUGAGUGCGUGCGUGUGUGUGGUACACGUUUUGAAUUAUUCUCCCCAAAACACACAAUCUCAUGAUCAAUCAUCAUCACCAAUUUAGCCAUCAGCGGCGAAUAAAAAGUCGAAUACGCAAGUGAGAGCGAUUGCAAGUAAAAAGGCGCACGUACGUGAACAACACUGCCGCGCGUGUCAGUACGUCACACGGUUUAAAAAAUGUUACUGUUCAUUCCAGAAUCGUAUUUUUAUCCUUCCGUUUAAAAUGAGUGUGUUUUUUACAUGUACCAGUAAUGUUUUAUUGCUCUGUGUUCUUUACCGUCCGUGCGCGGGGAAAUAAUGUCACAACGUAUUGUAGAACAGCAAGAAGCAAGUGGGAAAAAUAAUACCUCUCCUCUAUUACCAUUCACACGAACAAGAAAAAAGAGAAAAAAGAAACAAAAACCAUCCUUGUGUUCCGUUAUUUCUCUCCUCCUUCAAGGGAGUGCCUCAAUCCGAAGUCGCGUUGUCUGGUGGGAAGUUGUUGUGUUGUGCGUUUUGGCGUGUGCGUGCACAUGGUGGAAAUCCUGGAAAAGCCAGUUUCAUCCAUUCAGAACAAAAAGCUCGCAUCGAUACGGUGUGUGGUGCUGCUAUUUUUCUAUAUACACUGCUUUAGAUGAUGCUUAAGGCAGGAAGAGACGAGCCUUCGCGAGCAAUCAAGGAGGAGGACGAAUUAUAUGGCUUUGCUUGUUUCUAUUGAACUUCCAUCCGCACGUCGGAUGUCUUGGAUCAGAGAAGCUUAGUGCGCUCCUCUAAGUAGCGAAUAGAUGAUAAACUUAAACGUAAGGCGAACCUGAAUAAUCGAACAAUGUUAAGCUACAUACGCGAGCGAAUGCAACAAAAGGAAAAUGAAGAACGCUAUUAUUUAACUAUUACUAAAAUGAUUCUGUUUGUCUUGUUCAUGAAACGAAAGAAAACGUUCUGCGUCUGUAGCCGUUUGCUCUUGUGAAGAACCACCCAUAAAGAUGUGAGGGCCGGUACGAAGGCGAUAGUGCGUGCCAAUCACCACCAGAUGCUGUUAAAGGUGGACCAUAUAUCAACAAAAACAAAGGAAAAAACACUGCCAGCAUAGCGAGAAAGAGAUUAAGCUAAUUAUGAACGAAAUGCAAGAUCGAAAUGAGCAUAACCUAGUUGUUGGAUCAAUGCUUAGCACACGGACAGCAUGGAACGGCUUUAAACUAUAAGACCGAAGCAGAGAAUUUUCAAAAUGGACAGAUAAUGAGCAUGCCGUUGCUCUUAGAAAAUGCUUUUUUACACACGCUUCAAUUGAUUUGAAAAUAUAGGAAAAAGGAGAUCGAGUGAAGGUAGAAAAUGAAAAGAAGAAAAACCAAGGCAGACCAUCGAAUAGAUGUUUUUGCUUGCUUUUUUGUUAUCUUCUUUCUCUGGUUUUCUAUUGAUUGUUUUAUUGGUUCUCUCUCUUUCGCAUUAAUUCAUGCUCUGUUUGAUUUUGGUGUUUCUAUCAACGUUUUUCAUGUUCUUGUCUCAUUUUCCAUAUGUUUUAUUUCUUUUUCCAUUCUAAGUUGCAUCACCCAUCGAUUCUCCCCGUGAGUCUGAUGAAAACAGCUGCCAGACUUGCUGAGCUGUGGCGCUGCCUGUUAUUUUGCCUUAAACUCCCGCUUCUGUUUCUAUGUACCACCCACUGAAAGUGAGACGAUGGUUAGGCCAUGAAAGUUAUUUUUUCCGUGCCCCGGAAAAGAUCACGCCGAUAAACAUUCCCUCUCCACUGUGCGCCGGCCCUUUCCUGGCUAGAAUCACGCGAUAAUGAAACUGGAAUUAAUGUAGCCUGCUCAAGGCGUAGCUGAAUUUGAAACUUACUGGUAAUAAACAUUGACAAU